AUGCUUUUCAAGACCACCCACUUCAUCGCUUUUGCCGCUAUCAUGGUGACGACUACUUUUGCCGUACCUCUUUUGGGUCUUGAUGGUGGAAAUCAACAAGGGCAAACCGAGGGAGGACAAGGAGGUGGAGAAGCCGUCGGCGGUCUCGUCUCCAAUGUGCAGAAUACUCUCAAUUGUGCUGUGGACUGUGUUACCUCCUCUGGCCAACCCCUUGAUUCAGUGGAUUGUAUCAAGGCCGGCUGUGUUGGACAACAACAGCAAGAAGGCGGCAGUGGUACCUCGCCGCAGUAA